GAAGUAUUUCCUCAUAUCAAGGGGGGAAACUUCAACCACACCUCGGUGAUUUGGAAAACUCAGUCAUUUUCAACCUCAGCUCUGUCAGCACAAGACACGAUGCAUUCCUCUCUUUCAGCCCGGGACUCUGUUUUACAUAUAAGCAGAUUUGACUGAAAGCGCAGAACCUCACAUUAACAACACAACCCUACAGUCAUCUGUAUAAGAACAUAAUUGCGGGAAUAAGGGUUCUUGUAUAUAAUUACCGCAACAGCAUAUACAAGGAAUCUGUUUGUGAUCAAGACGGAGGUUUCUGGACGAGCCAAGGCUUAACGAGGUUUAGAUUCAGUCUCCAUCUCGUCUCUAAACGGCCUGCAGCGUGGCGAGAGAGAGUGGGGAUUCGAACCGGUGCAUGCCGGAGAUGAGUGCGUUCUGGCAUAAGAUCGGCUGCUGUGUGGUAGCCAAACCUCCUCCUAAGAAGAAACGGAGGAGAAUUGACCGUAGCAUGAUUGGAGAGCCCACAAACUUCGUCCAUCUGACACACAUAGGCUCGGGUGAAAUGGCAGAUGGCAUGCAGCCGUCUGGCCCGAUCCAGGAACAAAUGCGAUCCAAAGUGCCUCAUGCUAAUGGACGAAACAGCUUGUUAUAGCCUCUUUACAUGCUUUUUUGUUUUUUAUCCCAAGAUCCUCAGCAGACCCGGUCCAGCUAGCAUCACUUUACCAAAAUAGAGGAUAGAUACCAGCUUUACAUCAACAGAACAGGUAUCGGUCACAAACAGCAAUGUUCGAUUGCUGUGGCUGCCAAAUGGAUGACACCUCUGCAAAGUUUUUUUUUUUUUUUUUUUUUUUUUAAAUGGAUUCUCUUUUCAGAGGAAAAAUUUGCCCCCAUACUCAGAGACUGUUUUAGUAGAUUGGGACCAGACUGUAUGAGAAUGCCUGGAAAAAAGUGUGUAAUGUGCAUUUGACUGUGUUGAGACACUGGCUGUGCUUGUUUAGAGGAGGAAAGGCUCUUAUCACUUUAAAACAGGGGACUAUUUGACUGCCUUCCUAAAGUUAUAACUGGCUUGUUUGUCAUAGUCUCUCAUUGAUAAGGAUGUGCGCAAAUGUGUGUUUGCUUUUGUUUUGUAAUGGAAAUACAUUUUCAGCUAUAGCUUUAGUGUCUCUAACUGCUUGCCACUAACAGUUGCACAAAUUGUUAUUGAUUAGCAUAUGAUCCAGUUCCCCCUCCAGUAUGUGUAUAUAUGUAAAGAAUAAAAUUAUGGUGCCAAUAUAGCUCAUCCAAAAAUUAAAAUUGUUAUGAUUUACUCACCCUUGUUCCAAGUGUCAUUUCUCACCUGUACAACUUUCCUUAUUAUGUAGAACACAGGAGAUGUUAGGCUGAAUGUUAGGGACUGACAGCCUUGGUCACCAUUCACUUUUGUUGUAUGGGGGUGGGGGAGAAAUCCAAUGAAAGUGAAUGGUGACUGAGGCUUUAGUCCCUAACAUUCUGCCUGACAUCUCCUUUUGCUACAUGAAAGAACAUGAGGAUGAGUAAGUAAUGAAAGAAUGUUUUAUUUUUGGGUGAACUAUCACUUUAAGAAAUAGUGUUUUAGUACUCUUUAGUUCUCACUGGCAGCACGUCUGAUAAUUGCAUUAACAACCCUGGCAGAACGGCGUUUAUAGCUCUAAAGAUUAACCCUCAAGCAUUAGAAAAAGGCUUUGUUCUUGAACUUCGUCUCCAGUAGCUAUUAACUGUUUAUCCGAGUUGAGACUUUGAACACUGGAUAUCAUACAGGCAUCUUGCCAGGAGAAAGUCUCUGCCCUCUGCCAUUUAAACAUCACAUUUAGUCUCACUUUCACACGUCGAGCUCCACCCCACACUAGCACGAAC